AGGAGAGGAAGAAAAAGAGGAAAAAAAGACCAUUUUUAAGCAAACCAACCAGUCCUUAUAGCAUAGGGAGCAAAAGGUUUUAGUGACAUGGCCAGUCCUAAGCAAUGGAAUAGAAGGAAAUUGGACUUGUUGAGCAAUUGGUGGAUGGUUUGAUGGGAAGGGACCAUACUCUGGAGAGGAAAAUGUUAAUGGGGAUCAAUGCCAGGAAGUAAAAAAGCGUUUCUGAGCAUUAAGUUGGCCAAACAGUUGAGUUGGUACUCCAGCUGUGAGUGCCAUUUUUUCGACGCUAGAAUUUCUUUCCUGGCAAUCAUUUAUUGGGGUUGGUUCCCAUUUUUCUGUGUAGGAAAUCUCUGCCUGAGCCAUAUAAUUGUGAUUCUCUGAGUUCUAGUAAGUCACAUGGAGGUUGGUGCCUCUGUGCAUUCAGUUUUGCCUGACUGUUCAAUCAUGCCCCAAAUCCCCCUUCUCACCACAACCUGAAAUUAUCCAUACUCAUCAGCAAGACUCAUGGAGUGUAUCACUUUAAGCUUAUAAAAUCUUAAUUGGGAUUGCACAAUCUUGAGUCAAAAGCACCAAAAUCAUUCAUUGUCCUUAAAUGGAUAUAGCUAUAGAUACUAAAGAGAGGAGAAGGGAAAAAUCUGUAUAUAUGUGAUGCAGGAUGUGAGAUGGUCAGCACUAAAACAAGUUGUCCAUGACGUUGGGUGGGUGAUGCAGGGCUCCAGGUCAGCUCCACCUUAGCCCUACAGAUUCCUCAUUCACUUUCUCUUCUCCCCAUGGUGCAGGUGAUAGGGAGACAGAGCAAGGAGCACUUCCAAAGGCUUGGUAAGAGAACACUGGGAAGAGGAAACAGCAUUUCCUGGCAUUGCUCAAGGCUGAUUUAUGGCCUCCCAAGGAUGGUGAGCACUGCAUUUCCCAGCUUUAAUAGUGGGGGCAGGCUCUGAAGUUCCCUCAGCUGGAACACAAAUGAAGGAAAGCAUCGGGUUUCCCAGGACCACAACCCCACCUCCUUCAGCGGGCAAUCCUCCUGCAUCCCAUACCCUUAUAUAUAGGGCUUGUACCCCCAUCAUCCUCUCUGAACCCAGCAGUGCUACAACAAUUGCCUGAAGUCCCUGCAGGCAGGGCCAGUCUUUGCAGCCUCCAUGAUGUGGGAGCUCCGCUCUGUAGCCUUCACUCGGGCCGUCCUGGCAGAAUUUCUGGCGACCAUGGUCUUCAUCCUCUUCGGCCUGGGCUCUGCUCUGAACUGGCCCUCAGCUUCUGCCCCGAGCAUCCUUCAAAUUGCGUUGGCUUUUGGCUUGGCCAUCGGCACACUGGUCCAAGGCUUGGGGCACAUCAGCGGAGCCCACAUCAACCCGGCGGUGACGGUGGCUUGCCUCAUCGGCUCCCACGUCUCCUUCCUGCGUGCAGUCUUCUACGUGGUGGCCCAGCUCCUGGGGGCCGUGGCAGGGGCUGCCAUCCUGCACGAAAUCACCCCAGCCGACUCACGGGAAGGCUUGGCCAUCAACAAGCUGCACAACGAGACGACAACGGGGCAGGCGGUGACCGUUGAGCUCUUCCUCACCUUCCAGCUCGUCCUCUGCAUCUUUGCUUCCACUGAUGAACGCCGGGAGGACAACGUGGGGUCUCCUGCACUGUCCAUUGGCCUUUCCGUUGCUGUUGGACAUCUCCUUGGGAUCCGUUACACUGGUUGCUCCAUGAACCCAGCCAGAUCCUUUGCCCCAGCUGUAAUCGUUGGAGACUUCAGUGACCAUUGGGUCUUCUGGGUGGGUCCCCUGGUUGGGGCAGCGGCCGCAUCCAUCAUCUACAAUUACAUUCUCUUCCCACAAUCCAAAACCUUCUCAGAGCGGCUCGCCAUCUUCAAGGGCAUGGAGCCAGAGGAGGACUGGGCAGAACGUGAGGCACGGCGACGGCAGUCAGUGGAGCUGCAUUCCCCACAGACCCUGCCAAGGGGGAUGUCUGAGAAGGUAUAGCCGAGCCAACCCAGGGACAGGAGAGGAGCUGAGCGAACCCCGAUGUUCCAAGCAGUUCUUCACCUCUCUCCUCUCUCCGUUUUUAUUUUGCUGGGGUCUCAUGUUGCCUCAUCAUGGGGAGAUGCGCUGUGAUGGCCCAAUUUUGCCACCCAGCUUUAUGUCUGUAGGUUUUCUAACUUUAGAGGAAAGCACCUUUAAAGCAAAGCCACCAGUGUAGCAGCAGGGAUGAGCACAUGCUGGAGUCCCACCUUCAAGUCCCCCUUGCAGGAGGCAGCGCGCGGUGGAGCUCGUUGCCCUUCUCGAGGCGCUGCAGAGAGGUGUUAUUACAGGUGUUUGCUGGGUGUGGAGGUUGCCACCCGAUGCCUCAUUGCUUUUGAACUCUACUCACCCUUCUCCCACUUCUUCUCGCUGCCCAGCUGUUUGCACACACUGGGAGCAUUGCUCCUUGCCACGCGGAUCUCACCACCUGCAAGUUUUGCUGCUGCAAGGAACCCAAGAACAUUUAUGACCCACAGUGGAAUGCAGAUGCCCUUUGCUUUUGCAGAUUGGAAGAAUGCUCUCGGGUCCCCUCUGACCCCACUGGGGAGCUCUUGCAACUGCUCCCUCCCGUGAUGUUGAGAAACCUUCUAAUUUUCCGCCCCAGAUAAUCCACAGCUUGGCUGCUCUUGGACCACUGCUGUCCCUCAGCUUCAAUGCUUCUUCUUUCUGCCCAGAUUUUGCUUUCUUUCCUCCAUUCCUAUCCCACCCUGAUUUGGAUGAGUAAUACAAGGCAUUUCAGA